GACAGCUGUCCCCAGCCCCCUCCCCCAGGUCGGCCGCGGCGCUGGUGGUGGGUCCCGGGUCGCUGAUGUCCAGUUUCCGGCAGGAAACCUCGGUGGUCGCCGUGCGCACCCCCGGAGACGGUCACUAACACUCUAGGCCCAGCAGCAUCUACCAUGGACCCAGACCCCCAAGCCGGUGUGCAGGUGGGCAUGCGCGUGGUGCGAGGCGUGGACUGGAUGUGGGGCCAGCAAGAUGGCGGUGAGGGGCUCGUUGGCACCGUGGUGGAGCUCGGUCGCCACGGGAGCCCUUCGACCCCGGACCGCACUGUGGUGGUACAGUGGGACCACGGCAUUCGCACCAACUACCGCGCGGGCUACCAGGGUGCACAUGACCUGCUGCUCUACGACAACGCCCAGAUCGGCGUCCGCCACCCGAACAUCAUCUGUGACUGCUGUAAGAAGCACGGCUUGCGCGGCAUGCGCUGGAAGUGCCGUGUCUGCUUCGACUAUGACCUCUGCACACAGUGCUACAUGCACAGCAAGCACGACCUGGCACACGCCUUCGAGCGCUACGAGACGGCCCACUCACGCCCGGUUCCACUGAGCCCUCGCCAGGGCCUCCCAAGGACCCAGCUGAGGGGCAUCUUUCAGGGCGCCAAGGUGGUGCGGGGCCCUGACUGGGAGUGGGGCUCGCAGGAUGGAGGGGAGGGGAAGCCAGGCCGUGUGGUGGACAUCCGGGGCUGGGAUGUGGAGACGGGUCGCAGUGUAGCCAGUGUGACCUGGGCAGAUGGCACCACCAACGUGUACCGCGUGGGCCACAAGGGCAAGGUGGACCUGAAGUGCGUGGUGGUGGCGCCUGGCGGCUUCUACUACAAGGAGCACCUGCCCCGGUUGGGCAAGCCAGCAGAGCUGCAGCGCAGGGUCAGUGUGGAUGGGCAGCCUCUCCAUCAUGGGGACAAGGGCAAGUGUGUGCUGGACGCCGACAUCUUGCGGGAGAUGCAGGAAGGCCGUGGUGGGUGGAACCCCAGGAUGGCAGAGCGCCACUCCUUCUGGGUGGGUGAUGUGGUACGAGUCAUUGACGACCUGGACACGGUGAAGCGGCUGCAGGCAGGGCAUGGGGAGUGGACGGACGACAUGGCUCCCGCCCUGGGCCAUGUCGGGCGGGUGCUGAAGGUGUUCGGAGAUGGCAACCUGCAGGUGACUGUGGGCGGUCAGCUGUGGACCUUCAGCCCUUCCUGCCUGGUGGCCUACCGGCCCCAAGAGGACGCCAACCUGGACGUGGCUGAGCGCGCCAGGGAGAACAAAAGUGCGGGCAAUCAGCUGGGCGCCACGCGGGGCAGGGAAGCCCCGAGGUCGCCGCUCACCCCAGUGCCAUCCCCAGGUUCACUGGGGGUUGCUCUGGACAAGCUUCGAGCCCAGAAGAGCGACGUGGAGCGUCCCGGGCGCCUGGUGGUGAACGCGGCGCUGGGGGAUGUGGCCCGAGCUCUGGAUGUGCUGCGGAGGCACCCAGAACAGGUGGACACCAAGAACCAGGGCAGGACUGCUCUGCAGGUGGCCGCCUACCUGGGCCAGUUGGAGCUGGUACGGCUGCUGCUGCAGGCCCGGGCAGGCGUGGACGUGAGGGAUGAGGAAGGCCACACAGCGCUGCACUACGCGGCCCUAGGGAACCAACCUGAGGCCGCACGAGUGCUGCUCAGUGCAGGGUGCCAGCCUAACAUUGUCAGUGGCACCCGCAGUGCUGCACUGCACCUGGCCGUGCAGCGGGGCUUCCUGGAGGUGGUGCGGGUCCUGUGCGAGCAUGGCUGUGACGUCAACCUGCGUGAUGCACACGCGGACACACCCCUGCACUGUGCCAUCUCUGCGGGCACCGGCGCCAGCGGCAUCGUGGAGGUCCUCACUGAGGUGCCCGCCACCGACGUCACAGCCACCAACAGCCAAGGCUUCACGCUGCUGCACCUCGCUGCGCUCAAGGGCCACGCGCUAGCUGUCCGGAGGAUCCUGGCGCGGGCGCGGCAGCUGGUGGACGCCAAGAAGGAGGACGGCUUUGCGGCGCUGCACCUGGCCGCCCUCAACAACCACUGCGAGGUGGCGCAGAUCCUCAUCCGAGAGGGCCGCUGCGACGUGAACGUCCGCAACCGGAAGCUGCAGACGCCACUGCACCUGGCCGUGCAGCAGGCGCACGUGGGGCUGGUGCCGCUUCUGGCCGAUGCGGGCUGCAGUGUCAACGCUGAGGACGAGGAGGGAGACACGGCCCUGCACGUGGCCCUGCAGCGCCACCAGCUGCUGCCUUUGGCGGCUGGCGGCGCCGGGGGCGACCCGGGGCCCCUGCUGUCCAGGCUCCAGGCCUCGGGCCUCCCGGGCAGUGCGGAGCUGACGGUGGGCACGGCGCUGGCCUGCUUCCUGGCGCUGGAGGGUGCCGACGUGAGCUACACUAAUCACCGCGGCCGCAGCCCGCUGGACCUGGCCGCCGACGGCCGCGUGCGCAAAGCCCUGCAGGGCUGCGCCCAGCGUUUCCGGGAGCGGCACGCGGGGGGCGGAACCGCCGCCCCGGGCCCCAGGCUGACCCGCAGCACCCCCAACACCGUGACGAACCUGCACGUGGCCGCCGCGUCGGGACCCGACGCCGCCGAGUGCCUGGUUUGCUCAGAGCUGGCGCUGCUGGUGCUCUUCUCGCCCUGCCAGCACCGCACGGUGUGCGAGGAGUGCGCGCGCAGGAUGAAGAAAUGCAUCCGGUGCCAGGUGCCCAUCGUCAAGAAGCUGCGGCCAGACGGCUCGGAGGUGGCGGGUGCCGCGCCCCCGGCCGGGCCGCCCCGGCAACUGGUGGAGGAACUGCAGAGCCGCUACCGGCAGAUGGAGGAGCGUAUCACCUGCCCCAUCUGCAUCGACAGCCACAUCCGCCUGGUAUUCCAGUGUGGCCACGGCGCGUGCGCGCCCUGCGGCGCCGCGCUCAGCGCCUGCCCCAUCUGCCGCCAGCCGGUCCGCGACCGCAUCCAGAUCUUCGUGUGAACCCGCGCCCGCCCCGCUCCGGAGCCGCAUCUGUCCCGCCACUUCCACUCCCGUCGCGCCCUUCUGUGUUUUAUAAAAAGAUUCUCGGACUUGG